AUUAGUAAUAUUACAUUUAAUAUAUAUAUAUAAUUAAUAUUAUUAUAUUGUAUUAUUAGUAAUAUAAUAUUGUAUUACAUUAUAAUAUUAUUAAUAUUAUAUGUAUAUACAAUAUAUUAUCUAUAUAUAUAGAAGGGUAAAGUUGUUUGCGCCGUGACUAUAACAACACAACUAAACGCCCCAGAAAUACAAAACUUGGCAACACAAUGCAAAAGCCUUGCCUCAAGGUUCAUACAACACAACCAAACCCCCAAAACAGAACCGGGACCCCCAAAACCCCAAAAACCACUCUAAUAAGAAAACAGAACAAUAUAAUCUCUAAAAUCAGGACAAUAAAUACAAAUCAACACUCACAAGACGGGAGAAUUCCAGACAAAAGAAUUCCAGACAGAAAACAAUCAGACCCAGCUAACACCUCCCAACAAAGAAUUCCCUCAACCAGGAAACAGCCAGGCCUCGAACCUGCAAGGCCAUUCAAUGCUAAUCGGGGUAACUAAUUCCAACAUUCAUACUUCCUGCACUAAGACUAUUCAUUGUUAUUCAACCUGGCCAACCAACAAUUCCACAAGGUAGAAAGCGGCCAGGCUUCCAAGCAGCAAGACUAUUCACUCCUGUUCAACCAGCACAACCAGAAUAUACCCUAUGAAUAACCCUCAGGUUUGUAAGCCAUCAGGCCACUCCAUCCUAUUCAACCAGCCUAAGCAAGGAGACCCCUAUAUAGAAACUGCCCAGGCUUAGAAGCACAAAGGCUAUUCAGUGCUAUUCCAAUAGGCCACAGCAACGCGUGGCAGGGCACAGCUAGUAUAUUUAUAAAUUAUUAUAAAUUAUAUAUAUGUAUGUAUAUAAAAUUAUCUAUUUAUUUAUUUUAUUUAUAUACCACUCUUCUCCCCCAGGGCGACCAACAUUAAAUACUGGCCAGUUUUAGGGUUGACAACAGAGGACGAUGGGAGUUAUAGUUCACCUAUAUUCGGAGGACAAUGCGAACCCAACCAACGAUAGAUCUGGACCACACUUGGUACGCAGGCCCAUCAUGACAAACUUUAAGUACAGGUUCGGUUUGGGGGACUGACAAGCGAUGUUGAUGGGAGUUGUAGUUUACCCACAUCCUUAUGCAAUUUCUAAUGGGAUCAUUCAUAAAAAUCCAAAAACAAAUAAUGACUUCUAAUGUUUAUCCUUACCCAGUCCCUAGCCUGGGCCUCACCGGGUACCUAAAGUUGUGUGUUUAUGUGUGUAGGCAUCACCGGGUUCCUAAGCUUGUGUCUGUGUUGUGUUUGGGGGCGACAACAGAGGUCGAUGGGAGUUAUAGUUCACCCAUAUUCAGAGAACAAUAUGAACCCCACCAACAAUAAAUCUGGACCAAAUUUGGCACACAGACCCAUCAUGACUAACUUUUAACUACUGGUGCAGUUUGAGAGCAAUGACAAAAGAUGGUGAGAAUUGUAGUUCACCCACAUCCUUAUGCAUUUUCUAAUGGGACCAUUCAUAAAAUUUCAAAAACAAAUAAUGAUGCUUUCUAAUGUUUAUUCCCAAUAUCCUUAGCCUGGGCAUCACCGGGUGCCUAAGCUUGUGUGUGUGUAUAUACACACACAUAUCUAUACACAUAUAUAUACAUACAUACUGGUCCAUGCAUAUAGUUCUGAGGUUUGGGGCAAUGACGGGACGAUGGGAGUUAUAGUUCACCCGUAUUCAGAGAACCAUGCGAACCCCACUGACAAUAGAUCUGGACCACAAUUGGCACACAGACCCACCAUAACUACCUUGAAUUACUGAUUCAAUUUGGGACCAAUGACAGAUGAUGAUGGUGGGAGUUGUAGUUCACCCACAUCCUUGUGCAAUUUCUAGUGGGACCAUUCAUAAAAAUCCAUAAACAAAUGACUUCUUCUAAUGUUUAUCCCUACCAAAUCCCUACCCUGGGCAUCACUGGAUCCCUAAGCAAGUGUGUGUUUGGGGGCAACGACAGAGGAUGCUGGGAGUUAUAGUUCACCCAUAUUUGGAGAACAAAGCAAACCCCACCGACAAUAGAUCUCAACCACACUUGGCACAGAGAGCUAUCAUGACAAACUUUAACUACUGGUUCGGUUUGGGGGCAUUCACAGAUGAUGAUAGUGGGAGUUGUAGUUCACCCACAUCUUUAUGGAUUUUCUAAUGGGAUAAUUCAUAAAAUUCCAAAAACAAAUAAUGAUGCUUUCUAAUGUUUAUCUCCAAUAUCCCUAGCCUGGGAAUCACUGGGUACCUAAGCUUGGGUGUGUGUGUGUGCAUACAUGUAUAUAUACAUACACACACAUAUACAUACAUACAGGUCCAUACAUAUACAGUAGAGUCUCACUUAUCCAACACUCGCUUAUCCAACGUUCUGGAUUAUCCAACGCAUUUUUGUAGUCAAUGUUUUCAAUAUAUCGUGAUAUUUUGGUGAUAAAUUCGUAAAUACAGUAAUUACUACAUAGCAUUACUGCCUGUUGAACUAUUUUUUCCGUCAAAUUUGUUGUAUAACAUGAUGCUUUGGUGCUUAAUUUGUAAAAUCAUAACCUAAUUUGAUGUUUAAUAGGCUUUUCCUUAAUCCCUCCUUAUUAUCCCACAUAUUCGCUUAUCCAACAUUCUGCCAGCCCAUUUAUGUUGGAUAAGUGAGACUCUACUGUAGUUCUGGCGAGGUUUGGGGCAACGACAGGAGAUGAUGGGAGUUAUAGUUCACCCAUGUUCAGAGAACCAUGUGAACCCCACCAACAAUAGAUCUGGACCAAACUUGGCACACAGACCCGCCAUGAAUAACUGGGUUGGUUUGAGGGCAAUGACAGAUAAUGAUGGGAGUUGUAGUUCACCCACAUUCUUAGGCAAUUUCUAAUAGGAUCAUUCAUAAAAUAAAAAAACAAUGACUUGUUCUAAUGUUUAUCCUUACCCAGUCCCUAGCCUGGGUGUCCCUAUGCUAAUGUAUUUGUGUGUGCAUUUGGGUGCGACGAGAGAACGAUGGGAGUUAUAGUUCACCCAUAUUCAGAGAACAAUAUGAACCCCACCAACAAUAAAUCUGGACCAAACUUGGCACACAGCCUCACCAUGACCAACUUUACAUACUGGUGGGGUUUUCGGGGUGGCGAUGGGAGUUGUAGUUCACCCACACCCAAACACUAAUGUGUCUCCUACUUCCACAAAGCCAUGGGUACAGUAUUUCUAAUCGGGACCAGUGACAAAAUAAUAAUAAUAAUAAAUAAAUAAAUAAAUAAAUAAACUUUAUUUAUAUACCGCCCUAUCUGGGACUCAGGGCAGUUUACAGUCAUAAAAGCAACACAAACAUUACAUAGCAACAUAAUAACACAUUAUUAAACAAAGUAAAAUAAUACAAUUAUAACAAUAACUCACACUUACAUGACCAGAUCAAGGGGGUGGGAACCAAAAACACAAUAUACAGUAGAGUCUCACUUAUCCAACAUAAACGGGCCGGCAGAAUGUUGGAUAAGCAAAUAUGUUGGAUAAUAAGGAGGGAUUAAGGAAAAACCUAUUAAACAUCAAAUUAGGUUAUGAUUUUACAAAUUAAGUACCCAAACAUCAUGUUAUACAACAAAUUUGACAGAAAAAGUAGUUCAAUACGAAAUAAUGCUAUGUAGUAAUUACUGUAUUUAUAAAUUUAGCACCAAAAUAUCACAAUUUAUUGAAAACAUUGACUACAAAAAUGUGUUGGAUAAUCCAGAACGUUGGAUAAGCGAGUGUUGGAUAAGUGAGACUCUACUGUAUUAAAAUGUAUCAUUUUAGGCUAGGGAAAUCUUGUGCAAUAUAUUCAGGUCCAGGAAUAGCCUUGUAGCCUCAAGGCCUGGCCAUUUUCUGGAGUAGAUGGAUUCGCACCCUCAAUCCAAGAUCCACUGUGAAGCCUGGCUCCUUCCUUAGUAGGGUAAUCCUUGUUUGGCCAGAUUGAACUGCACUGAAUAGCCUUGCAGCUUAAAAGCCUGGCCGCUUUCUCCCGUGCGGAAUCCUUGGUUGGCCAGUUUGAAUAGCAAUUAAUAGUCUCGGUGUAGCAGGUAUGAAUGCUGCAAUUAGCCACCUUGAUUAGCAUUUAAUGGCCUUGCAGCUUCAAAGCCUGGCUGUUUCCUGGCUUUUGUUGGGAAGUGUUAGCUGGCCCUGAUUGUUUCCUUUCUGGAAUUCCCAAUUUCCCUGCUUUCAGAGAGUUGUUCUUUAUUUACUGUCCUGGUUUUAGAGAUUAUAUUGUUCUGCAUUAUUCUAUCCCAGUAAUUAUUUCAUAUUAAAGAAGAAUCUCGCUUAUUUACAAUGAGUUCCUUCUAAUGUUGGUCCUUGCCAGAACUACAACUCCCACCAUUCCAUAGCAUUGGGCCAAGGCAGUUGAAGUGGGCUGUGCUCUCCCCCUUUCUCCUCCUCCGGAAAUGACAUCACUAUGCCCACCUUCCAUAAUUGUGGCUGAAAGUUUGCUCCGGAGAGAAAAAAAAGAGAGGAUUUCAGUUAAAAGAAGAAGCAAGGGAGAACUACGGCAAGCGAGACAAGCCAAACCAAAAAAAAAAAAAAAUACAAACACGGACGGGUUUUUUUCUAGAAGGCUCUCAGUCUCAUUUGAGGAGUGGUUGUAUAAGUCACUAAGGAGGAUCACAGCCACAGGGCUCUCUCCAAGCAGGACAGAAUGGAGAAGAAUGGGAACGUGGUAUUUCAGGAUAACAAGCAGGAAGAUACUUUUGUGGAGUCUUCUACGGUGUCAAGGGAAACAAAUGAGACUGUUGUGGAGGAAGAGGAAUUGGUGAAUCAAAAGGGACAGAAAAACCGAAAGGGAAAUAAAUCAAAGAAAGGAAAGAAGAACUCCUCUGCUCAUCAGGAGGAGAACCAUUUAGAACUCUUGACAACCCAAGGACAAAAAAGGGUUUGUUGUCCUCUAUGUGGAAAAACAUUCCAGAGUAAAUAUACCUUGAAAGCACAUAACAGACUCCACACAGGAGAGAAACCACAUCAAUGCACCGAAUGUGGAAAGACCUUCUCUCAAAAAAAGUAUUUACAUGCACAUCAAAUUACACAUACUGGGGAGAAGCCAUAUAAAUGUAUGGAAUGUGAGAAGAGGUUCAGUCAGAAGGGAAUUCUGCAGAAACAUCAAUUAAUCCACACAGGAGAGAAACCCCAUCAAUGCCCAGAAUGUGGAAAGAGUUUCACUCAGAGUGGAGAUCUCCGUUCACAUCAAAGAACCCACACUGGGGAGAAACCAUUCAAAUGCAUGGAGUGUGGAAAGGCCUUCAAUCAAGGUGGAGAUCUUCAUUCACAUCAAAGGAUUCACACGGGAGAGAAACCCUGUAAAUGCACCGAGUGUGGAAAGAGCUUCUCUUGCCGUGCAAAUUUACGGAGACAUGAAAGAACCCACACUGGGGAGAAACCAUUUCACUGCAAGGACUGUGGAAGGAGCUUCACCCAGAAUGCACACUUGCGUAAUCAUGAAAGGACCCAUACUGGGGAGAAGCCAUUCCAGUGCGUGGAGUGUGGGAAGAGCUUCACUCAGAGUGGAGACCUGCGUUCACAUCAAAGAAUCCACACCGGAGAGAAGCCAUACGAAUGCACUGAAUGUGGAAAUACAUUCAGGCUCCGUCAUUGUUUAGAUUCACACAGAAAAACGCACACGGGAGAGAAACCAUAUAAAUGCUCUGAAUGUGGAAAGACCUUUGCUUGGAGUUUCGGUUUGCGUUCACAUCUAAAAACCCACACAGGAGAGAAGCCACAUAAGUGCAUGGAAUGUGGGAAGACUUUCUCUCAUGGUCAACAUUUACGUUCCCAUCAAAAAAAUCACACAGGGGAGAAACCAUAUAAAUGCAUAGAAUGUGGACGGACUUUCACUCACGGUCAAAGUUUACGUUCGCAUCAAAGGACCCACACUGGAGAAAAGCCCUAUCAGUGCAAGGAGUGUGGAAAGUGUUUCAGACAGAGUGGACAGCUGCUUGUGCAUAAAAAAUCACACGCGAGGAAAUAACCAUGUAUAUAAAUGAAAUUUAGAAAGAUCUUGAGUCAGAAUCGCUAUGUUCAUACACAUAAUAGAACACAGAAUAGCUACGGUCAUAUACAUAUACAUAAUACGACAGAGGCGGCAGAAUUUAGUGGGGAAGGAGUUGCCAAGCUCAUUCCGCGCUAUGAUAAGUGCCUAGAUUUUCUCCUAUACUUUGUUCAUUUUUAAGUCCAAAACGUAAUCUACUUUCUGGAUAGCCCUCGUAGAACACAGAAUAGCUAUGUUCAUACACAUAAUAGAACACAGAAUAGCUAUGUUCAUACACAUAAUAGAACACAGAAUAGCUAUGUUCAUACACAUAAUGGAACACAGAAUAGCUAUGUUCCUACACAUAAUAGAACACAGAAUAGCUAUGUUCAUACACAUAAUGGAACACAGAAUAGCCAUGUUCAUACACAUAAUGGAACACAGAAUAGCUAUGUUCAUACACAGAACACAGAAUAGCUAUGUUCAUACGCAUAAUAGAACACAGAAUAGCUAUGUUGAUACGCAUAAUAGAACACAGAAUAGCUAUGUUGAUACGCAUAAUAGAACACAGAAUAGCUAUGUUGAUACGCAUAAUAGAACACAGAAUAGCUAUGUUGAUACGCAUAAUAGAACACAGAAUAGCUACGAUCAUAUACAUAUACAUAAUACGAUGGAGGUGGCAGAAUUUAGUGGGAAAGGAGUUGUCAAGCUCAUUCCUCGCUAUGAUAAGUGCCUAGAUUUUCUCCUAUACUUUGUUCAUUUUUAAGUCCAAAACGUAAUCCACUUUCUGGAUAGCCCUCGUAGAACACAGAAUAGCUAUGUUCAUACACAUAAUAGAACACAGAAUAGCUAUGUUCAUACGCAUAAUCACAACUCACACAGGGGAAGCUGUGUAUAAAAUACUAGCUGUGCCUGGCCAUGCGUUGCUGUGGCGAAGAAUGGUGGUAUGGGAAAUAAAGUAUUGAGGAAUUGGUGAUAGUUAAGAUAAAGGGUAAAGGUUUUCCCCUGACAUUAAGUCCAGUCGUGUCUGACUCUGGGGGUUGGUGCUCAUCUCCAUUUCUAAGCUGAAGAGCCGGCGCUGUCCGUAGACUCCUCCAAGGUCAUGUGGGAUGACUGCAUGGAGCGGCGUUACCUUCCCACCGGAGCGGUACCUAUUGAUGCACUCACAUUUGCAUGUUUUCGAACUUCUGGGUUGGCAGAAGUUAGGGCUAACAGUGGGGGCUUUCUCUGCUCCCCCAAUUCAAACCUGCGGCCUUUCGGUCCAGAAGUUCAGCAGCUCAGCGCUUUAACACACUGCGCCAUCAGGGGAUAUUAUUUCCUAAAGGCUGUGAAUAUACAAUAUUUCUGAUUGGUUUUUUUUUUGUCUGUUGGAGGCAAGUAUGAAUGCUGCAAUUAGGAAAAAUGAUUAGGAUGUAAUGGCCUUGCAGCUUUAAAGCCUGGCUGUUUCCUCCCCGAGUAAAAUUUUUGUUGGGAGGUAUUAGCUGGCCCUGAUUGUUUCCUGUCUGGAAUACCCUUGUUUUCAGAGUGGUGUUCUUUGCAAUAUUUUAUGUGCUUCUACUGUCUGUGGCCCUGAGAAAACAGAGGAUUUGCCAGACUUUGAUGAUGGGAAUAUUUUGUUGGGAGGUGUUAGCUGGCCCUGAUUGUUUCCUGUGUGGAAUUCCCCUGUUUUCAGAGUGUUGUUCUUUAUUUAGUGUUCUGAUUUUAGAGAUUGUAUUGUUCUGUUUUAUUAUACCACAUUAAUUUUUAUAUAUUCUGAUUUUAGUGUUUUUGAAUACUUGGAACCAGAUUGUAUUCAUUUUCACAGUUGACCGCAACACAAUAAUAAUAAUAAUAAUAAUAAUAAUAAUAAUAAUAAUAAUAGUAAUAAUAAUGACUUUGGUAAUACACAGUGCUUCACUCCCUUCUCAGCUUCCUUUCUGGAAGAAUCCUUUCUUGGGAGGUGUUAGCUGGCCCUGAUUGUUUCCUUUGUGGAAUUUCCAAUUUUCCUGCUUUCAGAAUGUUGCUCUUUAUUUACUGUCCUGGUUUUAGAGAUUAUAUUGUUCUGCAUUAUUCUGUCCCAGUAAUUAUUUCAUAUUAAAGAAGAAUCUCACUUAUCCAACAUUUGCUUAUACAAUGUUCUGGAUUAUCCAACACAGUCUGCCUUUUCAUAAUCAAUGUUUUUAUAGUCAGUGUUUUAAAUUCAUUUUGCUAUUUUAGUGGUAAAUUUGUAAAUACAGUACAGUAGAGUCUCACUUAUCCAACAUAAAUGGGCCGGCAGAAUGUUGGAUAAGCGAAUAUGUUGGAUAAUAAGGAGGCAUUAAGGAAAAGCCUAUUAAACAUCAAAUUAGGUUAUGAUUUUACAAAUGAAGCACCAAAACAUCAUGUUAGACAACAAAUUUGGUAGAAAAAGUAGUUUAAUAUGCAGUAAUGCUAUGUAGUAAUUACCGUAUUUAUGAAUUUAGCACCAAAAUAUCAUGAUAUAUUGAAAAUAUUGACUCCAAAAUGCGUUGGAUAAUCCAGAACAUUGGAUAAGCGAAUGUUGGAUAAGUGAGACUCUACUGUAAUUACAACAUAGCAUUACUGAGCAUUGAACUACUUUUUCUGUCAAAUUUGUUGUAUAAUAUGAUGUUUUGAUGCUUAAUUUCUAUAACGAUUGCCUAAUUUGAUGUUUAAUCGGCUUUUCCUGAAUCCCUUCUUAUUAUCCAACAUAUUCACUUAUCCUGCCGGCCUGUUUAUGUUGGAUAAGUGAGAGUCUACUGUUUAUUGAUAAUCUUAUAUUAUCUGCUUAGAACUGGAUUAUAUGAGGACCCUUCUUCACAGAUGUAUAAAAUGCACACUGAAGUGGAUUAUAUGGCAGUGUGGAGUCAAGAUAAUCCAGUGCAAAGCAGAUAAUAUAAGAUUAUAAAUGGGUUAUAUAGCUGUGUAGAAGGGCCUUGAGUCUACACUGCCAUAUAAUCCAGUGCAAAUUAGAUAAUCUGUGGAAGAAGCCUAAGUGAGGCCUAAAUCUGCCUGUCCCCUAACUGAACCCUGGCUGUCCUUUGGCUGUCGGUUGCUAGGAGACCAAGUGGGCAGAGAUUAGCCCUCUAAACUGGCAGCAAUUGGAUAAAAACAAUUAUUGCUCUCUCUCUAAUUAGAACUUUAUUUUUCUUUGCUUUUUGUUGUAUCAACUUAGAGGCGUAGAUGAUGGGUUGUGUUGUCAAAUUUUGAGGUUGGGCUGCCUGUAGUUUUGUUGUUUUGUGGGUUGCCCUGAUGCCAUCACUCUUUUAUAUAUAUAGAUGGUGUCAAGCAGCAUUGAUUCUAUAGUGUAAAUGCACCCUAUGUUCAUAUUACACAUCCCACACAGCAAUGAUUUGAAAUACUGUAUAUACUCGAGUAUAAGGCUAGUUUUUCAGCCGUUUUUAGGGCUGAAAAAGCUCUCCUCGGCUCCCCUAUUAUAAAUAUAUAGCGUCCCUACUUUAUGGAUUUUCACUUAUUGCAGGUGGUCUUGGUACCUAACCCCCGUGAUAAGUGAGGGAAGACUGUAGUGCCUUUAAAGGGAGUAGCCUAAAAAGAAACGAACACUGUCCAAUAGGGAGUGGGAGGUGUAUAGAUCUGUUUUUUCUUUGUUUUGUUUUGUUUUUGUAGGCACGUUUGUAUGUGCUUCAUUUUUGUGCUUCUGUUAUUAUUCUUAAUAGGCAUUCAGUGUAGUCCUGUAGUCGUAGAUACAACGCAGUUGUGUAGUUCUUAAUGUUCUGUAUCUCACAAAUGUGCUUGUUUAUUCUAUCAUAUUUUUUAUUCUUCUUGAAUAAUUUUUUAAAUAAAAGAUAAUAAUAAAACUUUA